AUGAGCGACUGGAUCGAUCAGUAUACCGCCGCACUCGACAUCCGCGAUGCGCGAGAGCAGGCGCAUAAGCCAUAUAUCGAUGCCUACACCAAACUAGCCGACCGCACAGCAGCAGCCUCCGCCCUCACCACCCCCUCCCGACCACCCCAACCCGAACCCUCCACCCAACCCCCACCACCCCAAAGCACCAAGCUCCCCUCGCGCAGCAAACCCACCUCUCCCACCCCUCCCCCCCAGGAAGCCACCGUCGACACCCUCUUCCGCCUCCGCACCGACCUCGCCCUCACCCAAAAAGCCCGCUCCACCCUCACCACCCGCGUAGCCUCCCUCACAGCCGAGCUCUCAGACCUCAGCACCGCGCAAAAGUCCUCCGCAGCCCAGAUCGCCCUCCUCACAUCCCAGAAAUCCGCGCUCGAGCGGAGGCUGAGAGAUCGAGAAGAGGAGUUAAGGGGAAAGCAGAAGCUGGUGGAGGAUGCGCAGGAUGAGAUGGUGGCGCAGGGGUUGCAGAUGAAUCUUGCCGAGGAGAAGGCGGCGAGGUUGGAGGGGGAGAAUAGGGAGUUGGUUGAUAGGUGGGUGAGGAAGAUGGAGGGGGAGGCUGAGAGGGUUAAUCGGGAGUCUGAGUGGAGGUAG